AUGAACCCUAUUCUGAAGAAAGAUUUUGAGUACAUGAGGUCAGUUCCGUUCAGUGGUCAUAUCACAGGUGGGAUGAGGCCUGGAAAGAAGAUCAUUGUGAUGGGGAUAGUGAAUCCCGAGCCUGACAGCUUUGACAUCAGUCUGGCCUGUGGGUGUGGCACAGUGGAUGAGGCUCCUCCCACUGACGUGGCAUUGGAGCUCUGUGCCAAGUUCGAGGACCUCCAGUUCCUACGUAAGGCCUGUGUUUCGGGCACCUGGGGUGACGCUGAGAAGCUCAUCCCCUACUUCCCCUUCAUCGAGGACCAACCUUUCCGGAUCGAGAUCCAUUGUGAACUACUGCGUUUCCGUGUAUUUGUGGAUGGACACCAGCUCUUUGAUUUUUACCACCGGGUGCAAUCCUUACUGGACAUUGACACAUUAAGGAUUAAUGGUAGUUUAACCAUUACCAAACUCGGAUAGAGGGAAGAAGGACUGUGUAGGAUGCACCGUACAGAAGUGGUGAUGGAACCUUGCCUCCCACAAUCCUCACACUUAGCAACAAUGUGGACAUCGACUUGAAAGCAAUGUCUUAGCCUCUUUGAGCCUCAGCUGACAAAAUCGAUUGCAAAGCAAUGUUCUGUCCCUGGAUUUUCUAUAGGAUGUAGCCUACAUAUUUCUGUUAGUCGUGAUUUAUUUUUUGUUUCAUGGUAUUGAGUGCUGUUGGUUUGAGAUGGUCAUGAAAUAAAAAAGCUUCCAGGGUAAAAAGAAAACUUUAAAAGAUCAGAGAUCUUGAGCAAUACAUUUGUUGGUGUUAAUGAAAGCUCUCAGGAGGAAUUACAUACGCACACAUACUGCUCUGAACAUGAGGAUGAAAAUGACAUUUAAAUAAAGGACAUAGUGUGUCCUUUAUUUUUUUACAUUUUGAUUAUAUUGAUUAACUUAUAACUACAAUAUACUACACAUUUCAGUAUGAUAUAAUAUUUAAGUGUAAUUGGAAAUUAAUAAUUGAGUGGUUAUGAAGUAAUUAAUAAUUCUGUGGGGUAUUAUGCUUACACGGUGACCUUUCAGUUCUUCAAUAAUUAAAUUACAUUUCUUUUGUAUCAUGGCAUAUUACAAUAAUUUCAUGAACUAUGCCAGUAGAUUAUAUUGCAGGGGCACAGGUUAUUAUUAAAGAGUAGAAUGGUGAUUUUCUAUUCCCUCGCCUUGAUGCUUGACAAUGUCUGUGUACGUUGAGAAGCUCUUUCAGUGGCCUAUUCAUUUUCAAUUAAAAUAUUUGAAUGUGUCAUAAAUUAA